UUUUCUUAUGAGUGUUUUGGCAGCAGUCUCGCUCCGAACCUGUAGUUAUGGUGGAGUUCACUGCGAUUACGCCUCUUUGGAGGACUCUCAGCAAGCUCCGCAAGCCCGGGAUUGUUAUCAUUGUUACGCUGAUCUUAUUCGCCUUCGUUACAGAGCAUCUUCAGGCUGUGAACUGGAACUGGAAUUGGGAUUGGACCUGGGCCUUGAGCAGUCAGGAGUCUGCUUCUGCUUCAGAUUCUCCAGGCUCUUUCUUCAGGCUGCAGAAGAGCGAUCUGCGGGAGCUCCAGAGGUGUCUAUCCCCAAAUUCGGAAAAUCAAUGUCCUUCGUACUUCGCCUGGAUUGAGAAUGAUCUCGCACCUUGGAAAGAAACAGGGAUUUCCCAACAAAACCUCCAAGAUGCUCGAUCCAAAGCAGAUUUCCGUGUAGUAAUAGUCAACGGGACUCUCUACAUGGAGCGCUACAAUAAGUGCUUCGAGACCCGGGAUGAUUUCACGCUGUGGGGCUUGCUAAUGCUGCUGAAAGAGUAUCCAGGGAUGGUUCCUGACGUUGACCUGAUGUUCAACUGCGGAGAUUGGCCACUCGUGUUCAGAGCGGAGCACCAGCCUGAGAAGAAUGGAUCCUGGCCUCCUCCGCCACUGUUCCUUUAUUGCACCAGCAGACGUGACCACUACGACAUUGUGUUUCCAGAUUGGUCCUAUUGGGGAUGGCCAGAAGUUAAUAUCCUUCCCUGGAGUUUAGAAAAGGGAAAAAUCUUUUCUGGAGCCGAGAAACUAGAUUGGUCACACAGGCAACCGAUAGCAUUCUGGAAGGGGAACUACGACAUGGGUCCGGCUAGAGCGGACUUGGUCAAAUGCACCGCCAACAACACGCACAACUACAACCUUGUAACAUACCACCAGGACUGGUUUGCUGAAAGAGAACACAAUUUUAACAAUUCAGACUUGUCAAAACAGUGCCAACACAGGUAUAAGAUUUAUGUCCAAGGAGGAGGAUGGUCUGUCAGUUUCAAGUACAUAUUGGCAUGCGGUUCAACAGUCCUACAAAUCGAGCCGAUGUUUCAGGAGUUCUUCGCCCGGUCACUGAUUCCUUUCGUUCAUUUUUGGCCUGUGGAUCGAGACAACAUUUGCAACUCGACUAAGUUUGCUGUCGAUUGGGGAAAUGCUCACCCAAAGGAGGCCGCUGCAAUUGGGGAAUGUGCAAAGUCAUUUCUCGACAAAGAGCUCAGCAUGGACUUCGUGUACCAGUACAUGCUUCAUCUUCUCCGAGAGUAUGGGAAGCUGCUCAAGUUCAAGCCGGUGCCACCACCAGAAGCGCAGCGGAUGACGCUGGAAUCCAGCUUGCCCGGACACGAGCUCACACUACCAAGAACUGUGCCAAGACCUCGAAAGGUAUGCACGCUGGCCAACAACAUAUCCGCUGAUAUGAUGCUUUCCAAGCAAAGAGAAGGCUACAAGAGAAUAAAGCUGCAAGCUACAUAACGAAAGGUUCAUAAACUUCAUAUUCAAUUCAAAUUUUACAAAGCACGUGAAUAUAUAGCCAAGAAAUCACCAGAGUUUGA